AUGGGAGACCCACUCUGGGACCCGAUAGAGCCAGAGCGGCUGAUCGGCUCCGCGCGGCUGCUGCUGGAGUGCCUGCUGCAGCAGGUCGACAACCAGUUCAGCGCGCGGAUCAUCAGCCCGGAGGGCAACCAGGCGGGCACGCUGCGCCUUGGCAUCGGGCCCCUGUCGAGGGACGGCGCCGGAGAUGUUCCUGACUCGGAGCUGGUGGAGAAGCAGCAGGACCUGCUCGGCUCGUCGAUGGCCAUACUCGUCGAGGCCGGCGGCCCGCUGGCCGCCCCCCGGCGUGUUGCCCAUGUCGGCUUGGCCCAAGCCUUGCAGCUCAGGCUGCGUGGUGCGUUGGGCGGCCCCCGGGGGCGCCUCACCUCUGUGAUCGGCAUGACGAGCAAUCUGCUCGCCGCGCUCAAGAGCAACCAGGGCAAGUCGAACACCGUCUCGGUGAACCCGCUCAUCGAGGCAGCGAAGGCGGGCCAGGUGGAGAACUGCGCCCGCGCGCUGGAGGAGCCGAAGGUCAAGGUGGACCAGAAGGACCCAGAGGGCGUGAGCGCCCUGAUGCACGCGGCGCAGGGCGGGUACGUCCACGUCGUGAAGUUCCUGGUGGAGAAGGGCGCGCGGAUUGCGGCCAAGGACGACUCCGGGGAGACGGCGCUGAUGAAGGCUUGCAAGGAGGGGCACGUGGAGGCGAUACAGUACCUGAUAGAGGCGCAGGUGAUGCAGAGGAAGAAGACCCACGGCCCCCUGAGCGGGCAGACCGACGCCGUGAAGACCAUCGCCAACGAGCGGCGGCGCGUGCUGGACACGAAGGACGACGAGGGCGUCACCGCCCUGAUGAAGGCCGCCGAGCAGGGCGAGGCCGACAUCGUGAAGCUGCUGCUCGACGAGGGCGCGUCCCUGGACCUCAAGGACGACGACGGCUGGAACGUGCUCAUGUGGGCCGCGCUGCAAGGUCACGAGGACAUCUGCGAGAUGCUCGUGAAGGAGCCGGAGUACGGGAUGCCGGCAGACUUCUGCACCGAGAAGGGCGAGACCGCCCUGAUGAAGGCGGCGGCGAACGGCCACUGGACGUGUGCGAGUUCCUCAUCGAGGAGGGGGCCAAGGUGA